AUGGACGCUGACGACAAGCAGACGAUGGAGGUGGCAGCACUCGGCCGACCUUUCAGCCUCGGGAUGCUGUAUGACUGCCGUAAAGACUCACUCAUUCCUGGCAUCACAUUUUGGGACCAUGAUGAUCUGAAAAACAAUAUACAAGAAAGACCUCAGCCCUACAACAAUUGUGAGAUAGUUGCAUCUGAAUCAAUUGCAGAUAAAUCUUCAGCAUUAAAUGUUGAAGGAUCACUGAAGGCAAGUUUCUUAGGUGGACUAGUAGAGGUUGGAGGAUCUGGCAAAUACCUGAAUGAUAGUAAAACAUCCAAAAAUCAGGCCAGAGUAACACUGAACUACCAAGCAACCACAAAGAUGAAGGAACUGUCAAUGAAUCAACUUGGAAAAGUCAAGCAUCCGUAUGUCUUUGAUAAAGGAAUAGCAACACAUGUAGUCACAGGAAUCCUUUAUGGGGCACAAGCCUUCUUUGUCUUUGACUGUGAGGUGUCUGAUAAAGAAAGUCAUAAAGACAUUCAGGGCAACAUGAAGGGGAUGAUCAAGAACAUUCCUGAACUCAUAGCAGAGGGGGAACUUUCCAUCAAAAUGAACGACAAGGACAAAGAAAAGGUGGAGAAGUUCUCCUGUAAAUUCCAUGGAGACUUUUUGCUGAAGAAAACUCCAACAACCUUUCAGGGUGCUGUAGAAGUCUACCAAAGCCUGCCACAACUGCUGGGAACCAAUGGAGAAAAUGCUGUACCAGUGAAAGUCUGGCUGCUGCCACUUGUGAUUUUAGAUUCAUCAGCUGCUAAACUCGUACGUCAGAUAAGUUUAGAAUUAGUGGAGGAAUGCCAGAGUGUCCUGGAGGACUUCACUGAGCUGGAAAUGAGAUGCAAUGAUGCAAUAAGAACCACCACUGCACAGCAGUUCCCACAGAUUGGUGACAAACUUAAAACUUUUACACAAUCUUGCACCAAAUUAAAACGGGAACUCCAACAAAACUUGGCAAAGAAACUUCCAUCAAUCCGGGGAGGAGGGGAAGAGGAAGCUGAGCUGGCAGAGAUCCUGAAGAAGAGACAUUCUUCUCCUUUCAACAACACAAGCCUGAACGAGUGGAUGGACUGUAAAGAGAGAGAAAUCUUCACUUUACAGUCUUUCACCAACAAGAUGAAAAACACCCAGAUUGUCUCAUCUCAGAGUCAUCUGUACAAGGAAACUCUGAGUGCAGAACCUGCUGUGUGUUUUGUUUUCACCUCACUGGGUGAGGAACCGUACCUCUCAGCUUUAUCAAACUACUUAAAAGAAAAACCCAAACCAGACGACCUUCAAGAUCCAUGCUGUCAUGACAUAGAGAAGGAACAAUGGUACGCCUCUAAAGAAGUAUCAGAUGCAAUGAGGAUCAAAGCAAAGCUGUUCAGUGAUUUUGCAAAAGCCAACAAAGAGAAUAAGAACAUAAAGUUCCUGACAGUGGGUUUAACAAAUGAGACACAGAAAGGUUCAAGCAUCUACGUUUAUAAAGACGGCUUUACUGUCAGUGAGAACUUUGAGACUCCUUCAAAGCCUGAAACAGUGACAGCAGGUGAUGUAACCCACAACAGUGUGACACUGAAGAUCUCUCCACCAAGAUUUGGAGCAGAGAACAUCACCUCCUACUGUGUAGAGUACUGUGUCAGUGGAGAGGAUGGAUGGAAACAAACACCAGCAGCAAAAGCUGAAGAAGUCACAGUGAGCGGUCUGACUCCUAACACAGAGUAUAUGUUCAGAUGCAGAGCAGUGACCUCAGUAGGUGUUGGACAAGCUGGUGCAGUCAGUGGUCACAUUAAAACUUUACCCUGCAGCCAUCCUGGAAAACCAAAUCCUCUCUCCACUCCAAAGUACAUUGACUUGCUUAUUGAGGGAGAGAAAUCUGAGGCCAAACUAGGAUGGAAGAAACGAGUUCAGGCCCUGAUGGACAUGAGAGGAAAAGCAGAACAGCUGUCCUGUCCAACACAUCCUCAUAAUUAA